AUGGGUCACUAUAUGCUGCUUGUCACUAUUGCAAUCGCUGGUGUAGCGGUUCAUGGGUCCGAGUAUCCUCUAGCUGGUAUCGACGUCCAAGCCUUCGUGAACUCGGUUAAAAACGAAGCUCUAGAGAGUAUUAAGUUGACCGAACUACCCACCCUGGAAUCCGAAGAUAUUCGCGGGCUGCAGGUCUCAGAAAAAAAACAUUCUCCAUGCGAGGUCUGUCGGAAGGUCAAUAGCCAUCGUCUCAACAAAUACUUCCUGAGCAAGAUCGAGGAGAGUUGCCGUAGUAGAAGACAUCUCCCAUCGGGUGUUCAAGAGUUCUGCAGAAGGUUCAUCUCGAGGAUCAGCAGGUUCGACAAGGAGCUCAGUGGUUACCUCUUCCAGCAAGUACGAGUCCAACAGCUUGCCAUCGCAAUGUGUAUUGGAAAGGAGGAUUGCUCACCCGUUGAGGCCUUCAACCCUUACUUCAAUCCUGCUCAGCCUGAUAUCCUCACUGAUGUCGAAGGAUUCUGUCCGACUGUCUCUUUCGAGCACUAUAAGAAAUGCGUUUACGCUUACAGCAACACCAUUCUAACGUACUCUGUCAAGAAGGUGAAGGCUGCCUGCUGGCACGUGGGCAGGGACCAUGAAUUGCAUGACUUUUGUGAAUGGUUCUCCGCGGACGAGGCGUUUGGUCGUGGUAUGGUGCAAGCACUGGUCCCUAGCUAUCAGCAUGCAAGUUUCAUGUGUAAGCAGUACUCGGACCACUGCAGGUGUCGACUGGGUUGA